AUGGCAGCCACAAAGGUAAGCCUGAAGCUUUUGAUAGAUAAAAAGAGCCAACGGGUGCUCUUCGCUGAAGCAGACAAGGAAUUUGUCGAUUUUCUCUUCAGCAUUUUCACUCUGCCGGUCGGAGUUGUCACCAGGCUUCUGAAAGACGGAGGCGGCAUGGUAGGCUGCUUGCCAAGCCUCUACCGGAGCAUUGAAAAUCUGAGUACUACUUACAUCCGACCAGACAAAGACAAAUGCUUUGUUCUAGAACCCAAAGUAAUCAUGCCCGGUGCUAAAGUCCCUCUCCUACUGCCAAACCUUGGGUCAACAUUCCGUCAAUUGUAUAGCUGUCCGAACUAUGCUUCCAAAUAUUACGUAACACUUGAUUGCGCUCGUAGCACUUACGUGGCUUACGAUCAAAAAACAGUUUGUCCUAAGUGCGACCAUUUCACCGAACGGAUGGUAACACUCUUAGACCCGCCAAGAGCAAUCAAGGCAUCCUCCGCUAGCGAGGAAGGUUAUGUGAUAGGGACGGUUAAAUACAUGGUGAUGGAUGAUAUGGAGGUGAAGGCCUUGUGUGCCACCUCUCUUGUCACUCUGCUUUCCCAGUUUGAUGUGAAGGAUAUCGAGGAGAAAGUGGUCGAUUUCGGCAUGGAUGAGGGUGUGAAAUUGCUCCAAGCUUCUCUACAUUCACAUACUGCUUUCACCGAUGUAUUUCUUCCGACAGAGAUCAUUAAAAUUGACGACUCAAUUAAGAAUGAUGGAUAAGUUGAAAUAUGAUUCACUAUCCAUGUCAGAAUGACUAAAUCAAGGGGAUUGGUUCUUGUGAAGGAAUCAUCAGAUUGUAGAAAAUAAGUCUGUAUUGUUGAAAAUCAGUGAUCAUUUGGUAAUUUGGUGUUCUUUUUAGUUGUAAUCAUGUUUCUCAUUCUGUUCCAUAUAUGAUUGUCUUUAUGUUCCAUCGAUCUGAGUCAAAUCUGGUGUGGUACUGAUGUUAAAUUUAUUAUGUUUAUGAAGCAGCACUAUGCUUUAUUAAAUUAGUAAGUAAACUUGUGUUAAUUAUGAACCGAUAUUGCUGAAGAUAAUUCGUAGUA